CCCAGGCUUGCAAGAUCCACGGGGUCGCAUGUCCCGGUUAGAGGCCGAGGUGACGCCGGCAGGGACCAGAGCACGGGAGUACCCGGCUGACUGCCCAGGAAGGGCACCGGCCUCCGUGGUUGGAAGAGACAGUGCUGUGCAGGAGCCUAAUAUUCAGAACCUAAGAGUUGGACAGCUGUUCGUGUAAGGAAGUCUGGAAGUACCUCCCCUCCCACUGCAUCCUGUGAAAAGGAAAUAGCAGUGAUUGAUGAUAUCGGGCAUUUUAUCAUAUGCUUGCUGGCCAAUCUGUACCUCUUCUUUGGAGACAUCUGUCCACAAUUUUUUUUUAUUUUGUUUUGCUGCAGUACUGGAGUUCGAAUCCAGACCUGUGCAUGCCAAGUUGCAGCACAGUCCUUGGCAAACUAAGAAAUGAGAAAAAUACCAAAUCAUGGGACCCUGCGGAUGACGAAGGUGGCAUACCCCCUGGGACUGUGCUUGGGCCUAUUCAUCUACGUCGUCUACAUCAAGUGGCACCGCGCCUCUGCAACCCAGGCCUUUUUUACUGUCGCGGGGGCAGCCUCAGGGGCCCGGUGGGGACAGCAGGCCCGCAGCUCACUGGGAUCAGCUACACGUGGUCAUGAAGUCUUCUAUGGGAUCAUGUUUGAUGCCGGAAGCACUGGCACCCGCGUGCACGUCUUCCAGUUUGCUCAGCCUCCUGGAGAAACUCCCACCUUGACCCAUGAAACCUUCAAAGCAUUGAAGCCCGGUCUUUCUGCUUAUGCUGACGACGUUGAAAAGAGUGCUCAGGGAAUUCAAGAACUGCUGGAUGUUGCUAAACAAGAGAUUCCAUUUGACUUCUGGAAGGUCACCCCUCUGGUCCUCAAGGCCACAGCUGGUUUGCGCCUGUUACCAGGAGAAAAGGCCCAGAAGUUAUUACAAAAGGUGAAAGAGGUAUUUAAGGCAUCACCCUUCCUGGUAGGGGACGACUGUGUUUCCAUCAUGAACGGAACAGACGAAGGCGUAUCAGCAUGGAUCACUGUCAACUUCCUAACAGGCAGUUUGAAAACCCCAGGAAGGAGCAGUGUGGGCAUGCUGGACUUGGGCGGAGGAUCCACUCAGAUCACCUUCCUUCCACAAGUCGAGGGCACCCUUCAGGCCUCCCCACCUGGCCAUCUGACAGCACUGCAGAUGUUUAACAGGACCUAUAAGCUCUAUUCCCACAGCUACCUGGGACUGGGAUUGAUGUCAGCACGACUGGCGAUCUUAGGCGGUGUGGAAGGAAAACCUGUUAAGGAUGGAAAAGAGUUGGUCAGCCCCUGUCUAUCUCCAGGUUUCAAAGGAGAAUGGGAACAUGCUGAAAUAACAUACAGGAUUUCAGGACAGAAGGCAGGGAGCCUCCAUGAAUUGUGUGCCAGUCGAGUGUCAGAAGUUCUUCGAAAUAAAGUGCACAGAACAAAAGAGGUGGAGCAUGUGGACUUUUAUGCUUUUUCCUACUAUUAUGACCUCGCAGCCAGUGUUGGUCUAAUAGAUGCGGAGAAGGGAGGCAGCCUCGUGGUCGGGGACUUUGAGAUAGCAGCCAAGUACGUAUGUCGGACUCUAGAGACCCAGCCACACAGCAGCCCCUUCGUGUGCAUGGAUCUUACCUAUAUUACCUUGCUGCUCCAGGAGUUUGGCUUUCCCAGGGAUAAAGUGCUGAAGCUGACUCGGAAAAUCGACAAUGUGGAGACCAGCUGGGCUCUAGGGGCCAUUUUUCACUACAUCGACUCCCUGAACAGAGAGAAGAGUCCAGCCUUGUAGUAGCACAGCCCCACUCCCCACUCUGGCCAGUAUUCCUGGCUCCCAUCUCACAGACCCCUCCAUCCUGGACAUGAUUUUAUCCUUGAGGAGCCACCAUGCUGACUGAUACCCCUCCUCCUGCAGCCCUCAGAGUGCCACCUACCUGUGCAUCAGCCUCUGCUACUUGAGAGUGGGAACCUGGCCUAGAACAGGGCCCUGCCAGUGCCUCCUCUCUGCCUGGUAUCCAGGUGGUCUGUGAGCCAGACAGGGACAAGGGCACAUAAGACCUGUGUCCUCCUCUCCAUCUCUGGGGCUGUGGCUGCUCUUGUCUCCCUCCCUGUGAUCUGAAUCUUGCUUUAGCUCCUGGGCCUUGUUGUUCCCUCCCUGAGGGCAGACAUCCACCUUUCCCAGAGAGUUUGGGGAGGUUAGACAAGCUGUCCUAUCUGCUCUAGGGGAGCCAAACAAGAACCAGUGUGACCUCCAGGACAGCAGGUCUCUUGCGUGUUUCUCUCUUCAUUGGGGGUGAGCACAUGACAUCACCCAGUGGUCUGCUCCCUCAAAUCUUGGAUGGUGUGGGGCUAACUGAUGGGGGAUGCUAUGGGUAGGAAGAGGGAGGGGUAUCCCAUGUGCCCAGCUUUGCUGAUAAAGUCUGCCACGGCCAUGAGCGUAGCUGGGUGUGACCUGCUGUAAGAACAUUUGUGGCCCUGCUGCUGGAGCCUUACCUGUCGUGUGAAUGCUGAGUGCUUGUGUACAAACUAUGUCUGAGCCGCUUUUAUGAACACCAGCUCUGUGUUCCAGUGAAUGUAUUGCUGCUAUGAGCCAUUUGCAGACAAGCAGGGCAGGGUAAGAAGAUGUAGUCCCAGAACCACACUCUUGCAGCCCUUGUGCUGUCUUGGACCACAGCCCCAUUCUCUGUGGUGACACCUGCCCUCCUCAAUGGGCCUGUGUCUUAGGUGACACUUGGGCAUGGCUUGGGUCCCAGUACCCAUGUCCACCAUGGUUCCUUCAGUGAAUGUGCAGUACAUGGAAUAAAAAUCUGUGUUCCGCUCCAAAUAAAAGGUUUACAAGGUUUUCUCCUAUGAUUCUUCUUGGUGAGCAAAACGUUCGUUCACCCAGCAACUGAGAUCUCUGUUAACUAAAGUUUAAAAACCUGCCAAAGUGGAGUGACAGAGAUAGUGUCUUACUUUCCACAACAGCAGAUGGCCACCUGGAGGCAGGACUGAUUCAGGUCUGGCCAGGGGGCUCUCUCCCUCCCAGCAGUUUUCUGAGAGCAAAGUUCCUCCUCUUCUGGGACAGUGACCCACAGUCUGAGCAGGGAAGGCUCUGGGCACUUCAGCUCCUCUGGCAAGUGCUAGGACCCACGUCACCCUGUGCUUCACAAAGAUCUGUCUUCAUUCUGGUACAAUCCCAAAGGAGUUGCAUGCCAGGGAGAGAACCACAGCUCCCCAGUCUGCCUGACUAUGAUGGGGUGACAGGUCUCCUCUUGGGCCUCCCCGGGGCUGCAUUUGCUGAACAAGCCAUGUGGCAAAGCCCUGUGCAGAAGAGGAAAGGGCUCUGUAAGCCACAAGGGAAAUUUCACUCCUCACCUCCCAGAGCCAGAACUGCAGUGGGCCAUGGCAGAAGAGGGACCAGUGAAAAACUUGGGUGAUAUUUGGGUGGGACACUAGAAAAAGGCUGGGCUCCCACCCAGCAGAGUGUGGUAUGUGGGACUCCAACUCGAAAGGCAGAAGGGAGACCCCAGGACAUGAACAAAACCAGAGCCAGCUGUCCUCUACCCUUUGGUCUCCUCAAAAUUAUUUCUUAGGGAAGAGGACUGGCCAAUUUUGGUGAUACAGGCCAGAAAAGACAAAGCAGGAAAGAUGAUCCCCAACAUUGGGGCCAGUGCCAGUAAGUUUUCACUGAGGGCAUAAAAAAACCUGCCCUUCCCCCUGCCCUGCCCCCGCAAAUUGCACAGCCUCUGCUUUGGCAGGUUCCUACCAGCCCCUUUUCCUUCCAUAAUAUCUAAUGGUCUAAAUAUUUAAAGAAUUCUGAAGGUAAAGCAUCAAAGAUGCAUGAAGGUAAAGCAAAAAUUGAUUUGGUUCAUUUAAAGAUUAGUGAUCUCACUCCUGAAAAAGGGUAAACAACUGGACGUUUCCCAGGAGAAUAACAAAUAAAUCAUGGAAUAUUUUUGGA